CACAGCUUGUGUACUAUCCCGUUCUCUUCUUCGCAAACAUGUCGGUUUGCUCGCUAUACCGCGUUACUAUGCCGUGCUCUUGCUCGGAGAGCCACCUCGGCUCGUGCCGGAAGCAGCUCAUGUUCUGCGUCAGCCGGGGGAAGGCAAGGAGAAGAGCUUGGACCCGGGUGUCGUGCUCGGCUGAGACCAGGACGGUGGUGAUCGGGCUGGCGGCAGACUCCGGCUGCGGCAAAAGCACCUUCAUGAGGAGGCUGACCAGUGUCCUCGGGGGGGUGGCGGAGCCACCGAGGGGGUGCAACGCCUACUCCAACACACUUGUCGGUGACGCCACCACCGUGAUAUGCCUCGAUGACUACCACGCCUUGGACAGGGAAGGGAGGAAGGAGAAAUGUGUCACUGCGCUGGAUCCCAAGGCUAACAAUUUCGAUCUCAUGUACGAGCAGGUGAGAGCCCUCAAGAGUGGGGUGGCCGUGGAAAAGCCUGUAUACAACCAUGUCACUGGCCGCUUGGAUCCACCUGAGCUGAUACGCCCACCAAACAUCCUGUUCAUCGAAGGCUUGCAUCCACUGUUUGAUCCACGCAUAAGGAGUCUCCUGGACUUCAGUAUCUACUUGGAUAUAAGCAACGAGGUGAAGUUUGCAUGGAAAAUUCAGCGAGAUAUGGCAGAACGAGGGGAGAGUCUCGAGAGCAUCAAAGCCAGCAUCAAAGCUCGGAAAUCCGAUUUCGAUAUGUAUAUUGAUCCACAAAAGCAGUUCGCCGAUGUCGUAAUAGAAGUUCUACCAACCCGGUUGAUUCCAGAUAAGAGUGCAACAGAGGUACUGAGAGUUCGACUGGUGAUGAGGGAAGGGGUGAAGCACUUCACCCCGGUCUACCUUUUCGAUGAAGGCUCCACCAUUUCAUGGACACCUUGUGGUGGAAAGCUAAGUUGCUCAUAUCCUGGCAUCAGAUUCUUCUAUGGCCCAGACACAUACUUCUCUGAUGAGGCUUCAGUACUGGAGAUGGAUGGGCAGUUUGACAGACUAGAUGAGCUGAUAUAUGUUGAGAGCCAUCUGAGCAACCUGUCGACGAAGUACUAUGGAGAGGUGACACAGCAGAUGCUGAAGCAUGCAGAUUUUCCUGGCAGCAACGACGGGACUGGCCUUUUCCAAACCAUCAUUGGUCUCAAGAUAAGGCAACUGUAUGAGCAGAUCAUUGCUGGAGACAGCAGCCAUGGGUUGAAGAGGGAGCAGUUGCGCAGAUGCCUCCGUCUGAGUCCCGUUUGAGUUCAUGUUGAUUCUUUUACACUUACUGUGCAUCACUGGCAAUGUAGAUACAUGCAGGAGUCUAUGUCGCUUCUGUUGUCAUUCUUAUUGUAAAUUUGAUCUGAUUUGAUUGGUCAGUUUGUAUUAAUGUUGGCUGCAAAGGAUGUUGAAGGAGUUUGGAGAU